ACAAAGUGCUGUAACCAUGGUGAUUGUUUGACAUGAGUGCCAUUUACAAUAAGAAAUUUAUUGUAAAACGCCUUUAAUUUUUAUUUGGAACGUAUUUUUAAUAAUUAUUACAAAAAUUUUUACCAUUUGGGACCUUCUUUUGCCGAAAUCAAGUCAGAAAAGGUAAGGAAAUAGCUGAGAAAAGUGGCAAAAUUGUGAGACACUGAACACAAAACUGUCAACGUAAAUAACUUAAACAAAUCGAUACCAUGAAAGUGUAUUAUAAUGGUUUCAACCUCCAUCGUCAGUUCCCCAGCCCGCAAGACUUGGUAGUAAAUUUUAUCGAUCACGUGUAUCAAGAUUUAGAAAAUAUCGAGGUUAGCUACCAUUACGCUGUAUUGUUGGUUGCCAAUGUGAUAGCUUUUCGCGGCGCGAAAAAUGAAACUAUUCCAGUGGAUGGAAAAAUUCGACAAAUUUCAUGUAAUGAGGACAAGGUUUUGGUUCUUCUGACUAAUGGAGAUUUGUUAAAAAUAACAGAAACUGUGAUAAAAGUGCCAAAGUUGAUGGAUUUAGAUGACGACGAUACCGUCGUUCAAAUUUCGACAGGUUCAAAGCUAAGUGUAGCUUUAACGAAAAAAGGGCACUUAUAUAAUGUACAAAAUAAGUUAGAAUUUGUAAGUGAGGAUAUAAUCGAUGUGAAAACAGGUCGAGAACAUUGUUUGCUUUUAGACAAAAGUGGAAAAGUUUUUAGUUUUGGUAGGGGAAGUCGCGGCCAACUUGGACAUGGAUGUCUGGAUGAUGAGCUUGAACCUAGGUUUGUAGAAGCACUAGGAGGUAUAAAAAUUGAGGUUAUUGAGUCAGGAGGGUGGCAUUCAUGUGCUUUGAGUAAAGACGGGGAUUUGUACGUGUGGGGGUGGAAUGGGAGUGGACAAUUGGGUUUAGGCGGAAGUGAUGAUGGCGUGUCGAUUAUGGCAACGCCUCAAGUUUUAGAUUUUGAUUUUAAUAUUAAAAAAGUUGGCUGUGGUAAUAAGCAUACGGUUGUUUUAACAGAUGACGGCCAAUUAUUUGGCUGUGGCUGGAAUAAAUACAAACAGUUGAAAAAUGAUGAAAAUGAAGUUUUUCGGAAAAUGAUUUUUUUGUGGGAUUUUUCGAAAGAAGUUGUUAACCGUUUAAAGUGUGGUCCUUGGAAUACACUCGUGUUGUGUAAAGAGUGACUGGGAUAAGAAGGGUGAAGUGAAAUAAAACAAUCACAAACAUUUUAAUGUAGUCCACAGUAUAAUAAAUACUGGUAUACUUCAGAAUUACAUUAUAA